GGUGCUUCUAACCCUAGUUGCAGGUGAACCCGAAGUGGUGUUCGGCCACUUCUACCCCGCCGAUUUAGGCGCGGGGGAGGAGUAGGUCGUUGAGGCUGGGAUGGUGUCCUUGAGCAAGACAUCAUCAUCGUAGUAAGUUUCUUCGUAAUCGAACUCCGUGAGAGCAUGUAAAUAUAAUAAUCCUUAAUUUUCUGUUUAAUAUGGUUUCUGUGAGCCCAAGGUUUGUAAUGAAGUUAGGUUGGACCCACCUAUAUCAAAUUUGUAAUAAUAAAUGAAUAAAAUUGCUCUUUGUGGAUCAUCAGCAAUGUAUGCGUUUGUAUAACGGUACGUGUGCUUAAUCCUGGGCAUGUGGCAAACACGUACCGGGACUACCGGGUUUGUUCUCGUUCUGGGUGAAUUGUGUUGAUUAAGUGCCUCUAAGGCGUGGAUUAGCACGUGGCGUGUCGAGAGACGGACACGUGUUAGCCCUCGUCUUAAAGGAUUAAUCAAUAAUUUCACCUAAACCGAGGGUAAAUUGGGCGGUUCUCACAACAUACUUCCAUACUAAUCGAUUACCAGAAAAGUCCAGAAAAAAAGUAUGAAAUGAAACUCCGGAGGCUUCGGGAGCUGUUCUUGGCGAACCUAUAAAUACUCUGCCAUGCGCCCCGGGCCUUCACACCAAAGAUCAAAGCUUCCAGCACUAGAAGAGCUAGCUCCGAACAAGCACUUCAGCAAAUCCACCAGCAGUGUCCGAUCCGCGCUCAGAAACCCAACCGGCAACAAUGUCGCUGGCGAGGCGCAGCAACGUGUUCGACCCCUUCGCCGACUUCUGGGACCCCUUCGACGUCUUCCGCUCCGUGGUGCCCGCGGCAUCGACCGACCGCGACACCGUCGCCUUCGCCAACGCGCGCAUCGACUGGAAGGAGACCCCCGAGGCGCACGUCUUCAAGGCCGACCUCCCCGGCGUCAAGAAGGAGGAGGUCAAGGUGGAGGUGGAGGAUGGCAACGUCCUGGUGAUCAGCGGCGAGCGCAGCAAGGAGGAGGAGGACAAGAACGACAAGUGGCACCGCGUGGAGCGCAGCAGCGGCAAGUUCCUCCGCCGGUUCCGCCUGCCGGAGAACGCCAAGACGGACCAGCAGGUGAAGGCCGGGCUGGAGAACGGCGUGCUCACCGUCACUGUGCCCAAGGCCGAGGUCAAGAAGCCCGAGGUGAAAGCCAUCGAGAUCUCUGGCUGAGAGCUUGAUCUUGAAGAGGUCGCGCAAGCUACUAUAUCGUGCUCGGGUCAGUGUUUGGUCGUCGUGUUCCUGAAUCCUCUUCUUUGAUGAUGUCGUACGUGUCGGUCAUGUUGUGGUCAAUGUUGUGCUUGCCGCGUCGACCCGUGAGCGGCAUUGUUAUUUCUGUGUUUGUCAGUGGAGUCGUCUUUGGGUUUCAUGGUGAAUAAAUGAAAAAUAUAAAGAGUUUUUCUUA